GUUUCCAGGACAUAGUUUAACAGAAUUUGAAAGUGAUUUGAAGAACAUCACAGAGGAAACUAGGAUGGUAGAAAUGGUUGUAACUACAAAGAUUGUAGAUAAUAAGGCUGUUCCCGAAACGGUGGAAAACACUGCUGACCUGGAAAAAAGUCAUGAAAAGAAAGAGAGCGGCUCUGCUGAAAGGUCAAAGAAGAAAGAAAAGUUGAAAAAAAGGGAGAAGGAACUAGAGGAGAAGACUCAUAAGAAGAAAGACCAUUCAAAGCAUGAGAAAUCCUCUAAAGGAAUCAAGAGAGAAGUGGAUGAAGAGACAAUGAAAGAAUCGUCUGAGACCAAGAAAAAGAAAUAUAGGGAUAACUCUGAGAAGCAUGAUUGCAACCAAAAUGAUAAAGGGUCAUCCAGUAGGAAAAGGAAGGUGGAUGGUGGAGCUAGAGUGUCCACAGCCAAAAAAAUCAAAGUAGAAAAGAAGGUGGAGGACAAUUCCAAGUGGAAAUGGUGGGAAGAAGCCAAUUAUGAAGAUGGAGUGAAAUGGAAAUUCUUGGAACAUAAAGGUCCCUAUUUUGCCCCUCUUUACGAGCCCCUUCCAGACAACGUUCGCUUCUACUACGAUGGGAAUCCCAUGAAGCUAACUCUCGCCACUGAAGAAGUCGCUACUUUUUAUGCUAAAAUGUUGGACCAUGAAUACACUACAAAGGAGGUUUUCCAGAAGAAUUUCUUUGCUGACUGGAAAGAGCAAAUGGCAAGCGAAGAACGAAAGUUAAUUAGGCAUCUGCACAAGUGUGAUUUCACAGAAAUUCACAAGUAUUAUGUAGAUAAGAAUGAAGCUCGGAAGGCAUUGCCUAAGGAAGAGAAGCAGAAACUGAAGGAAGAGGCCAGUAAGCUGCAGGAAGAGUAUGGAUACUGUACGCUGGAUGGACAUCGGGAGAAGAUUGGAAACUUCAAGAUUGAGCCCCCAGGCCUCUUCAGGGGCCGAGGAGACCACCCAAAGAUGGGAAUGCUAAAGUUGCGUAUAAUGCCAGAAGAUGUCAUCAUAAACUGCAGCAAAGAAUCAAAAGUUCCUGAGCCACCUGCUGGUCACAAGUGGAAGGAAGUUCGAUAUGACAAUUCAGUUACUUGGCUGGCUUCAUGGACUGAAAAUAUCCAGAAUUCUAUCAAGUACAUCAUGCUAAACCCCAGCUCCAAACUUAAGGGAGAGAAAGACUGGCAGAAGUAUGAAACAGCACGCCGUCUGAAGAAUGUAGUUGAUCAGAUACGAUCUAAGUACCGUGCAGAUUGGAAGUCUCGUGAGAUGAUGAAGCGACAGAGAGCAGUGGCCCUCUAUUUCAUUGAUAAGCUUGCACUCAGGGCGGGGAAUGAGAAAGAAGAAGGUGAAACGGCAGACACUGUGGGCUGCUGCUCUCUGAGAGUCGAGCACAUACAGCUACACUCUGAGAUAGAUGGGCAGAAAAAUGUGGUGGAGUUCGACUUUCUGGGAAAAGAUUCAAUCCGAUAUUAUAACAAGGUCCCCGUGGAGAAGGAGGUGUUCAAGAACUUGAAACUGUUCAUGGAAAAUAAAGACCCAGAUGAUGAUCUCUUUGACAGACUCAAUACCACCAUUGUCAACAAGCAUUUGCAGGACCUGAUGGACGGGUUGACAGCUAAAGUAUUCCGAACGUACAAUGCCUCCAUUACACUGCAGAACCAACUGAAAGCGCUGACCAAUGCCGAUGAUAAUGUAGCUGCUAAAAUCCUGUCUUAUAAUCGGGCAAACAGAGCUGUUGCAUUACUUUGUAACCACCAGAGGGCGCUACCCAAAACCUUUGAAAAGUCCAUGCAAAACCUGCAAGCGAAGAUUGAUGCAAAAGAACAGCAGGUGAAAGAUGCAAAGAAAGAGUUAAAGAAUGCAAAAGCAGACAACAAGGCCAGGAAGACUGAAAAAUCCAAAAGGGAUUUGGAGAAGAAGGAUAAGCAAUAUAAGAGGUUAGAGGACCAGUUAAUGAAGCUGAAGCUACAGGCUACCGAUAAAGAAGAGAACAAACAGGUUGCUCUGGGGACGUCUAAGCUCAACUAUCUAGACCCGAGGAUCAGUGUCGCCUGGUGUAAGAAGUUUGGCGUGCCUAUUGAGAAGAUCUACAACAAGACGCAGCGAGACAAGUUUGCCUGGGCAAUUGACAUGACAGAUGAGGACUUUGAAUUCUAACGCAAUCGGAUCCGUAGUCACAAACAAUAAACUUCUACCUCUAAACUUCAUGUCUGACCCUGCUUGCUGGUCAUAUGUCCUAAAUGUAGUUUCAAAAACAUCACUGCUAAAAUGGAGAAGGGAAUAGAGAAUCUGUACCAGAGACC